AUCUCUAAUCAGCGUCUCUGUUUCAGCUGGCUGCAUUUCGCGCUAAUUUCCUGACAUUUUGUUUUCUAUUUGAUUAAAUAAUUUGAUAAAAGCAAUUAAGCUCGCUUUCAAUUAAUACUGUGAUUAGAAAUAUACAUUAUUUAAGAACAUGACUAUGAAUGCAACACAAUCACCGCAGGACCUUCUAUUGACGGCCGGAAAUAUGUUAGAAUGGCACGACAGCCGAGACAGACAAAAGCCGGGCCUGCUGGAGUUAACCGGCGUCAGUCAACAUGGCAGAGCAACAAUGAGCGGACUCAAUGAUCAUGACUAUCAAAGUCUAGCGUAUUUGCCCUCUAAUGAUACACAUAACCUACAACAAAUGCGAACAGUAACAAAGUCGGGCAUACCCACCGAGAUCUUGGAACACUUUAAGCAUAUCAAAUGUCAUUGCACCAUGGGCUUAUUCCCGGAAAUCGGGCGUGCAUGGUUGACCAUUGAUUCAGAAAUCUAUAUAUGGACCUACGAUCAAGCAAGGGAUGUUGCCUACUAUGAUGGUUUAAGUCAUUUGAUUGUUAGCGUUGGAUUGGUCAAACCAAAGUCAGGCGUUUUUGUCAGUGACGUCAAGUAUUUGCUUAUAUUAACGACACCGAUUGAAGUUAUUGUGUUGGGUGUGACAUUCGGUGACGAUUCAACAGAAUGCAAGGCUUCUCACCAAUUCAAGCAGGAGCAGCAAAAUGCCAUGAUGCUGAUGAAUAGACCAAUAUUUGUUAUUGGCACAGACAACAUAUCGAUUAGUGUUAUUAAAGGAACCGAUGAUGGACGCAUUUUCCUUGGCGGUCGUGAUGGCUGCCUAUAUGAGGUUCACUAUCAGGCUGAGUCCAGUUGGUUUGGCAAACGGUGCAGAAAAAUUAAUCUAUCGCAGGGUAUCGUUUCCUGUAUGGUUCCCAGUUUCCUGAAAGUAUUUUCUGAAGUUGAUCCCAUCGAACGUAUUGCCAUUGAUAAUAGUCGAAAAUUACUUUAUCUUCUGACGGAGCGAGGUUCGAUUGAAGCCUGGGAGAUGGGCAUAGAUUAUAUACAAACACGAAGGCUUGGAAAAGUUACACAAAACGAUAUUGUCAGCCAAUGCGUCAGCCUUAUCAAGACUGUGGAUCCAUCGAUUUUCAAAUGUGUUAAGGCAAUUUGUCCACUUAGCGUAGAUGAUGCAAACGGUCUUCACUUGGUAGCCGUUACACAGAGUGGCGUUCGUCUCUAUUUCUCCACAACAUCGUUGAAUUUACCACAACAGACAAGUGCCUAUAUGCAGGGUGAUAAUUGCGGAGUUCCACAAUUAGGUCUAACUCCCCCGCCAAUGGGUGAUAUCGAAACGCCACGGGGUCUCUAUUUGCUUCAUGUGCGUCUACCGCCUGGAUACACCCCAAAUGCAACUACCAACAAACCUAAGCAAGUGCAUGCGGCCCAUUACAGCGAGGGCACCACUUUGAUGGUCACAACACAGCAGCAAGAGCAAGAUUUACUAUGGUCCAUCAGCUCGGCGCCAUUUAUGAAUUUCAACUAUUUAUCAGAGUCCACAGCUCUAGCCGGAUUGGAUGGCAUCGUUUGGGGUUUAGCCGAAGUGAAUGAUUACGUUCGUUCGGGUUAUAAAUCACUUCUUUAUAACGCCCGAACUCCACGUAAAUUGGCUUUACUUACUAAUCAGGGCACACACAUUAUCGAGUUGCUUAAGGCGGCAGACAUUUUACACCAAUUGAUGUUGGCCUGCAACGGGCCACACCAUGAGGAGGUGAAAAUGUUCUUUCAACCACAAAAUGCUCGUGAGGCGUGUGCCACAGCCCUCUUAUUGGCCACAUCAGAAAAAUUUCGUGGUGGCGAUAUAGCAAUGUGGGCAACUCAAGCUUUCAUGCUAUAUGGCGGUGAACCGUGUUUUCAACAUCAGAAAUUUCAUCAUAAUGUGACAAAUCGAAAUUUACCAAAUCAGACAUUAGGCGCUAAUUCAACUGUUGUCGGAAGGGAUUCUGCCAUGCCACCAAUCUAUAUGUCAACACCAAUGCCAAAUAGUGCUGGUCCUGCGAGUCCUACCGGCUAUCCACCAGUCACAUCGCUAUAUAGUCAGCCAAUUAGUCCCAUUGCACAAGGUUCAGCUCCUCCCAAUGUUACGGCUGCGGCAGCAAUGGCUAACGAAAACUCAUCAAUUAUAUUUUCGGCUAAACAUGAUGGCUUGUAUCUAUUUGUAUCACGAAUGUUGCGUCCCAUUUGGCAUUUACGUUGUGUUGAUACAAAUUUCCACUCCAAUCUUAAACUAAACGAUUGUACACAACUUUUAGUUGAGUUACGAUCGUUGAGAAACUUUUUGGAAUUGCAUUCUGUGCACGAUCUUUCUUCUUCUACUACUACUCGUUUGCCGUAUGAUAGUCAUUUCAGUAAUCUGGCAAUGUCUAAUAGUCAUUUGCCAUUGAACGAGCAGCGAAAUAUCACAGAAUUGGCUCAGACUGAAGAGAAACGUUCACUUUCAGCAUUAAAUAUAUUUGUCAAACAUGCCUGCGAGGUGAUAUCACUUUGGAGUAUACUGAAUAAACACCAGUUUUUCUUACUUUGCCAACAAUUAAGCCCAGAACAUCGAAAGCUAUUGGAAUGCUGUUCAUUCCGAGAUCUUUUACUAUCCCGAUCAGAAGUUUGCGCUUUUCUAAUUAUCUCGCUAAUCAAUUUCUAUCUAAAAGACAACGCCAGCGUGACUGAAGUAUCGAAAAAUUUACGCGAACUAUGUCCAAAUCUGUAUAGACAUGAGGAUGAAGUAACAUACAAGGCCACUGAGCUAUUAAUGAAUGCCAAGAAUUGUACAUCAUUGGUGGACAAGGAGAAGAUGUUACGAACUACACUACAAAUGUGCAAAGAUGCGGCUCCAACUUUGCCAUUGCACAGCAUUUGUCAACAAUUUAUAUCAGUUGAUUUCUAUGAAGGUGUAAUCGAACUUGCUGCCACAUGUGCAUCAAAAAGUGAUCCCGAAGAGGUGGGAAUACACUAUUAUAACAAUAGUGAGCCCGCAGAAGAUCGUGAAGGUUACGCCUGCUUUGCCACACGAAUGAACUAUUACAAGGAAGUGCAACUUAUGCUCGAUCAUGUCUAUGAAACUCUUUGCAAUCGUAAAACUGAUCAGGAAAAAUUGAAAUCUGAUAUUACUGACCAUGUGGGCAACAUCAUACCAUCAAACCAAGAUAUACCAAAUAUAUCCAUGCAAGCGCUACGUGUUAAAGAUCCCCUUAUGCAUGUGACACUUUAUGAAUGGUUGUUAUCUCAUGAUAUGCUUAGCGAACUUUUAGACGUAAUCGAACCAUCUUUAGGCGAUUUUCUACGUCGAAGUGUAAAUCGAAAUCCCGAAAAUGUGGUUUUAAUUGAUUUACUAUGGAAGUACUACGAAAAGAAUGCCCAUCAUGCGCAAGCUGCACAGAUUCUCGACAAUUUGGCAAUGACACGUAGUGAUAAUAUAUCCCUGGAAUUACGUAUAGAGUAUUUGGUACGUGCUGUUAUGUGUAUGCGUAAUGAGAACGUUGGCUCUUCCAUAACCAAUGGAAUAUUCCAAAAGGAACUAGAGGAUAAGUUGGAAAUUGCACGUGUACAGAAAACAGUUUUGAUUGAUAUGACAGCUUUGGCCCAUAAUCCACAGAAUGCCAACCCACAGGAGGCUAGUCAGGCUGUUAAACAAUUAAAUUUCGCACUCUACGAUAUCACACAAUUGUAUCAACAUUUUGCCGAGCCAUUCAAUUUAUGGGAAUGCCAAUUGUCUAUACUGAAUUGUUCUCACCACAAUGAUCCCUUGCUGAUUGAGUCUGUUUGGGGUAAUAUUAUAAAUAGUGUUGUCGACUGUCCUGGAUCGGCCAAUGAGCGCAGCGUUAAAUUGUUUAGCAAAAUUGAAUUACUCGUGAGAGAAUUUGGUGAAUCGGGAGCAUGUUUCCCGUUUGCAUUUCUAAUUCGAGAGCUUGAGAUUAAGGCUUGUCAACUGCGUUUGCCUGAGGGAACAGUGCCCGAGAAACUAGUCGCCAUGAAUCUAGAUGUUGAACUUUUGUUAGAGUACUACUCAAGAAUGAUUUCAAUGAAUGAACGAAUCUGGGCUAAUGAAGGCAACGAAUGGCAUCUUAUCCAAUCUGCCGUACGAGUGGUUUCCCUACUAGUCGAUAAUGCUCAGGCCAUAUGGUUCCGUUCCAAGAGACGAAUAAUUGGUAAGGCUCAAGAUAUAGUGGGAGCUUGUUUAAACAUUUGCUAUCAGAAGCCAGACAGCAAUCGGUUACAACACUCUUUGAAAGAAUUACAAUGCCGUUUGCAACGACUGCUCGGCUAGAGGCCGUCAAAUUGAACUUAUAUAUAUUUUUAAUGACUAAUUGUUGUCAGAGGGCAUAAAGUAAAUGAUCUUUAGAUGUUAAGUUUGACUGAGAUAUUAAUUUGUACUUGUAUUUAAAAUGUUAAAACUGUUUCCAAUUUCCUAUUAA